CUCACGUCUGAAAGAUCAUCCGCGGACCGAGACUCCAGGUGUGAAGUGCAUCAUCCGCAGCAUACAUAGGCACUGUCUCCGGCGACUGGAAGAACCGCGAGUGUAAGGAUAUUGCAGACCACGAGCCCCGACCACCGCGUUCUACCUGAAGCACACCACCAACGCCUCCACUCACCAUGUCAUCCUUGACCACUUCAAGCAAGCCUACGCGCCAGAAUCGCGACACUGUCCUCUCAGCACUCCCAUCCCCCUACCCAGGCGACCUCCGCUCCCAAAUCAAGUCCCAAGUCUCCUCCUCAUCAAGCAAGCUUCCACUGCUUGUAAUCCUCGAUGACGACCCAACGGGAACACAGACGUGCCACGCUAUCAAUGUACUUAUGACCUGGUCUAUCCCCGUCCUCCGCGACGCCUUCAACUCCGAAACAACGUCCAACAUCGGUGGCUUCUUCAUCCUAACAAAUUCCCGCGCCCUCCAUCCCCACGAAGCAGAAAACCUCAUCACAGAAAUAACCCAAAAUCUCCAAACCGCAAGUCAAGAAACCGGUAAAACAUUCGAAAUCGUUCUCAGAUCAGAUUCCACCCUCCGAGGACAUUUCCCUCUUGAAGCAAAUGCGGCAAGCAAAGUCCUCGGCGAAGCGGAUCUCUGGGUCUUGGCACCUUUCUUUCUACAAGGUGGAAGGUACACGAUUGAUGAUGUGCAUUAUGUAGAUGAGGAAGGGACAUUAGUCCCCGCAGGAGAGACGCAAUUUGCCAAAGAUGCAACUUUUGGGUAUAAAGAGUCGAAUUUGAGGGAUUGGGUUGUGGAGAAAUCGGGGGGAAGGAUUUCGAGGGAGAAAGUUGUGGGGAUUGGGUUGAAGGAUGUGAGAGAGGGUGGGCCGGAAAAGGUUCAACAAUUGUUGGAGGGGUAUGAGAAAGGGAGUGUGGUUAUUGUUAAUGCGGCGAGUGAGAGUGAUAUGGAUGUUGUGGUUUUGGGAUUGUUGAGGGCUAGUGAGAAGAGGAAGUUUUUGUUUAGGAGUGGGGCGGCGUUGGUGAGUGCGAGGUUGGGGAUUAAGCCUAUUCCGCCGAGGACGAGAGAGGAAUUGAAGUUGGAUCCGAACGUUGGAGGUUUGAUUAUUGCGGGGUCGUAUGUGCCGAAGACUACGGCUCAAUUGGAAGUUCUGGUUGAGAAGAGUGGUGAUAAUCUUACUACUGUCACGCUGGAUGUUGGGAAGCUACUUGAAUCUUCAGAUUCUGCAGAGCAGAUCGUGAAAGAGGCUCAGGCGACUGCUGCGAGCGAAAUUCAGAGAGGACGGGACGUUCUCGUCAUGACUAGCCGGAAGCUAGUGACCGGAGCUGAUGGCACUGAGAGUCUCAAUAUAGGAGCAACAGUGGCGAAAGCACUCGUGUCAUUCUUGACUGGACUGCAGUCGCGCCCUCGAUAUGUGAUCGCCAAAGGCGGCAUCACUUCGUCGGACAUGGCGACCAAGGGGUUGCAGAUGAAGAUCGCAACAGUUGUCGGACAAGCGGCACCAGGAGUACCAUUGUGGGAGUGCUUAGAAGAGACGUCCAAGUGGGCUGGCAUUCCUUAUGUUGUCUUCCCGGGCAACGUCGGCUCGAACGAGACUCUGUUCCAAGUAGUCGAUGGCUGGAGAGCUCAGUAG